UGUGCGCACUAUGCACCACUCACGCUACCUUUUUCUAUGUUUUUAACCUUCGACAACAGUCAACACUACAAAAUUACUUUCCGUUUCACCUCAAAAAUAACCACAUAAAAUGGAGCUUUCGAGAGUUUCUUUCUUCUUCCUCCUCCUCCUCCCCGCCGCCGUACACUCCAUCGGCGUCAACUACGGCACCCUGGGCGACAACCUGCCAUCACACUCUCAAGUCGCUCAGUUCCUGAAAUCCAAAACUGUCAUCGACCGCAUCAAAAUCUUCGACGUCAAUCCCGACAUCAUCAAAGCCUUUGCCAACACCGGCAUCCUCGUCACCGUCACCGUCCCUAACGGAGACAUCCCGUCACUCACCAACGCCCGUAACGCCCUCCGGUGGGUUAAUGCCAACAUCAAGCCGUUUCACCCAGCUACCAAGUUCCAUUACAUCUGUGUCGGCACCGAGGUGCUCCACUGGGGGCCUCAGAACCUCGUCGAUAACCUCGUGCCGGCGAUGAGGGUGCUUCACGCAGCGCUGGUUAAAGCUGGGAUUAACGAUGUUAAGAUUUCAAGCCCACAUUCGCUCGGAAUCCUUCAGGAAUCUACUCCGCCAAGCAACGCGUCGUUUAGACCAGGAUGGGAUGUGGGCAAUCUCGCCCCGAUGCUCCAGUUCUUGAGAAAAACCAAAUCGGGUUUCAUGGUUAACCCGUAUACGUAUUUUGGUUACUCUCCAGCGAAUGCUAACUUCUGUCUCUUCAAACCCAACGCCGGUAUGUUCGAUAAAGUCACCGGAAAAAGGUAUACCAACCAGCUUGAUCAACUGCUGGACGCGGUUUACAUUUCGAUGAAGAAGCUGGGUUACCCAGAUGUGGAAAUCAUUGUGGCGGAGACAGGGUGGCCAUCGGGGGGAGACCCACAAAACAAACACGCGAAUCCUGUCAAUGCGGCGUUGUAUAACGGUGGUUUGUUGAAGAGAGAUGCUUCCGGUGUUGGAACGCCAUUGAUGCCGGGAAGAAAGUUUGAGACCUACAUAUUUUCGUUGUUCAAUGAGGAUCUGAAAGGGCCAUCAUUGGAUGAGAAGAAUUUCGGUCUUUUUCGACCGGAUUUCACUCAAGUUUACAACAUCGGGAUCUUGCGCGGAUCACAGCAAAAGCCGACAGGUCCAUCACCAAAACAAUCAUUGCCGGCGGCACCAAUACGAGGCAAAAAGUGGUGUGUGCCUAAACCAGAUGUCACCGAUGCUGCACUCCAAUCAAACAUUGAUUAUGUUUGCAGCAACGGGGCAGAUUGCAAACCUAUUCAGACUGGUGGGGCUUGUUUUGAGCCGAAUAAUGUGCGGGCCCACGCCGCGUUUAUCAUGAAUGCUUUUUAUCAGACAAAUGGCCGGAACGACUUUAAUUGUGAUUUUGCUCAUACUGGAGUUGUCACGUUCAACGAUCCAAGUAAAGGCUCGUGUAAGUAUAUGUCUUAAGCUAGAGGGAGAUGCGACUCGAAAUCAAAAGGGAGAAGGGGUUAAAGAAGGUCAUGUAAGUUAUGUUGGUUGAGGUUGUGAUUGAUUAUUCUUUUGUUAUAGCAUUUUAUCUAUUUAACAUAUGAUGAUGGUGUGGCAUGUAGUGAUAUUAUUACUCGAAUAUUUAAAUGU